GGCAAGGAUCUCGAUGAUGGGAAUCAGAGGCGUCAAGGAGGUGCAGAACGCGACGGAGAAGGAGACGCAGAGAGAGGAGGGGCAGGAGGAGUGGCUUGACCUCUGGUCCUCCUCGUCCAGUCAGUUCACGUUGAUGCAGACUGAAGGUCUGGUGCGGAUCAGCAGCGAGGCGGAUGGCGUGGAGGAGGAGGAGAGCUCAGUAGCUUGAAGCUUUCUCUGCAUGUAGUUUUAUCAACAGCUUUCUCUGCAUGUAGUUUAUCAACAGCUUUCUCUGCAUGUAGUUUAUCAACAAUUU